AUGGCUGGGAUUUCAAAUUCUAAGUUAGCUAGGGUUACUACUCUUGUUCUAGUUGGUUCGACCGGAAAUGGCAAAAGUGUUACCGGCAAUUCAAUCCUCGGAAGAAAUGAAUUUAAAUCAGGAGCUUCUUUUGGUGGAAUAACAAACAUUUGUGAGCUUCAAUCGAUUGUUUUGCAAGAUGGCCAAAUUCUCAAUGUGAUUGACACUCCGGGGUUAUUUGAUUCCGCUAGUACGCCUGGGUUGAUUGAGAAAGAGAUUCUGAAAUGCAUAGACACCGCCAAGGAUGGAAUUCAUGCGAUCCUAUGGGUCGUCUCCUUGAAAAGCCGAUUCACAGAACAAAUAAUUGCCCUAGAGACAAUGAAGCAAGUUUUUGGAUCAAGAAUUUUGGACUACAUAAUUGUUACAUUUACUAGAGGAGACGAACUAGAAGAAAAUGAAACGAAUUUGGAUGAGUUCUUGGCUUUUAGCUCAAAUCCUUUAAAGGAACUCCUUGGGAAGUGCGGAGAGAGAAAAAUAAUUUUCGACAACAAGACCAAGGAUGAACUCAAGAAAACUGCACAACGUCGACAACUUCUCAGUCUUGUCCGUGACACCGUCGCGAGAAAUGGAGGAAAGCCAUAUACCGAUGAAUUAUUUUUUGAGUUUCAUGGCGCAGAGGGUGAUGAGGAAAUGAAGAGAAAUAAGAAGAUCAUUGACAAACUGCAAAUUGAUUUGGAGAAAGACAAGAAGGAGGCUAAAGAUUACUUGGAAAGACCGGAAGCUGCAGUAGCUGAAGAGAUUCGUAGGUUGAGGGAGGAUCUGGCGAUUGCCCAAAGGGAAGCUGCUCAACCAAAGUUGAUAGUUUGUGCAAUUUUAUGA